AUGAAUCAAAGUGUGGAAGAGCUAUUUGGAGCAUUGAAAGAUGCUAAUGCUAGUUUGGAAGCAAAGAGUAAAGCAGGGGAGCAAGGGUCUUUUCAACAGGAAGAUGUUUUGCAGAUAGACAAUAAUGACGAUGAAGUAAACAUUGAAAGUAAAUUCCAAGAGAUCGAAACCAGCCUUAAGAAACUUCCAAAGUUAGAGACUGGGUUUGAUGCCUUGGCAAGGCAAAAGAAGAAAAAGAACGUACUGCCUAGUGUUGAGACAAAAGAGGAAGAAAGCUCUAAGAAGGGCGAUAAAGAUGAUAAUGAUUGGUUUGCCUUACCUAAACCGGAUGAUAACAUGCGUCGUGAGGUGCAGCGAGACCUAUUGCUCAUAAAACAUAGAGCUGCGCUUGAUCCGAAGAGACAUUAUAAGAAGCAGCGUUGGGAGAUCCCAGAAAGGUUUGCAAUUGGUACUAUAGUGGAGGACAAGAGUGAAUUCUACAGUAGUCGUAUGAACAAGAAGGAAAGAAAGUCUACCAUUUUGGAAACACUCAUGGGCGAUGAAACUUCUAAUAAGUAUUUCAAGCGUAAAUACAAUGAAAUUCAGGAGAAGUCUACUAGUGGUAAAAAGGCACAUUACAAGAAGAUGAAAGAGAUGAGAAAGAAACGUAGAUGA